AUGGACGGCGGGGACGGCGAGGCCGAGCGCGCGGACCCGCACGACCUGCAGCGGGAGCUGAGCUACCGCGAGAAGGUGCAGGCGUUGCGCGAGCGGCACCGGCACACCGCCGAGAUCGCGCAGCGCGUCGACGAUUACGAGGCGCGGCAGCAGUUCAUCAUCCGGCUCGCGAAGGCCCUCCUCCGCUUCGGCGCGCCCUCGCACCGGAUCGAGUCGCAGCUGUCGUGCGCGGGCACCGCGCUCGCGGUGAACGUCGCGUUCGUGCACCUCCCCUCGGUCGUGAUCGUCAACUUCCUCGACACGGACACGCGCACGUCCGACACGCACUUCGUCCGCGCCGGUGGGCGCGUCGCGCUCUCGAAGCUCCACCGCGUGCGCCUCGUCUACCGCGCGGUGCUCCACGACGAGCUCAGCGCCGCGCACGGGCUCCAGCAGCUGGACGCGAUCAUGGCCCAGCCGCCGGAGUACGCGGUCUGGGUCCGGUGCGUGUUCGCGUUCUUCUGCGCGAGCAUCAUCAGCGCGCUCGCGUUCGGGGGCUCGAUCGCGGACAUGUUCGUCGCCGGCGGGUGCGCGUCGGUGCUCCAGUGGCUCGGGCUCAAGGCUGCGGCGAAGAGCACGAUCUACGCGAACGUCUACGAGAUCACGGUGUCCAUCGUCGUGUCCUUCGUGGCUCGUGCGCUCUCUUCGCUGCCGGGGAACCUUUUCUGCUACAGUGCGAUCGCCUCUGGGGGCGUCGUGCUCAUCCUCCCCGGUUUUACGAUCCUGAUCGCCGCGCUCGAGCUCACGUCGAAGAACAUCCUCUGCGGCUCCGUGCGAAUGGUGCAUGCUGUCAUCUACACCCUCUUUCUGGGUUUCGGCUUAACCAUGGGUUCCGACCUCUACCUCCUCUUCAACCCCCUCGCGCGGCGCAACAUCGCCGCGUCCAAGUCGCUGGACGCACAAGUCCUCCACGGGGCCAUCCUCGACGCGAACACCUCCCAGCCGCUCCAGGACGCCUUCGGCACCUUCACGUUCUUCCGAGACGGGGACUCGCCCGGGAGCCAGUUCAUCAAAGGUUCGCUGCUUCCGCGACCCGACCUGGCCUGGUGGCGGCAGACGCUCCCGUGGUGGGCGAUGUUCGUCCUCGUGCCCGUGUACUCGACGUGCUCCUCGCUCUGCAACCUCCAGGCGCUCCGGAGCGUGCAGCUGCCGGUGAUGGUCCUCUUCUCCUGCCUCGCCUUCGCCGCGAACCGCCUCGCGCAGCGCUUCGUCUCCGACCGCGGCGACAUCGUCUCCGCGACGGGCGCGUUCGUCAUCGGCCUCUGCGGGAACGCGUACUCGCGCCUCUUCGGCGGCACCGCCUUCACCUCCAUGGUCACCGGCGUGCUCUUCCUCUCCGCGAUCGGCACGAGCGGCGGGCUCACCGGGUCGAACGAGUUCGUGAGCUCGAGCCAGCGGAACACGAGCAGCUUCGAGCUCGGGAUACGGAUGAUCCAGGUGGCCAUCGGCGUCACGAUCGGCAUGCUCGUCGCGCAAGUGCUAGUGUAUUCUCUCGCGGGGAAGCGUAAGAACGGGGCGCACUUCGCCUUCUAG